AUGAGCUCUAUCACGACCCCCACCGUCCCUCCGGUGGCGUUGGAUUCCAUCACGCAGCACAUUGGCAAUACCCCUCUUGUUCGACUGAACCGACUCCCGCAGAGCCUAGGCAUCGAUGCUCAGGUUUACGCAAAGCUGGAAUACUUCAAUGCGGGCGGCAGCGUCAAGGACCGCAUUGCCCUGCGGAUGAUCGAGGAGGCCGAGCGCAGCGGUCGCAUCAAGCCCGGCGACACACUGAUCGAGCCGACGAGCGGUAACACAGGCAUCGGUCUGGCCCUGGUGGCUGCUGUCAAAGGCUACAAGACGAUCAUCACGCUGCCGGAGAAGAUGUCGGCGGAGAAGGUGUCAGUGCUGCGUGCACUGAACGCCACCAUCAUUCGCACUCCCACCGAGGCGGCCUAUGAUUCCCCCGAGUCGCACAUUGGUGUCGCCCGACGCCUCGAGAAGGAGCUGCCGAACGCCCACAUCCUCGACCAGUACGGCAACGAGAAUAACCCGCUGGCACACGAGCUCGGGACUGCGGAGGAGGUCUGGGCGCAGACCAAGGGCCAGAUCUCUGCGAUCGUAGCCGGCGCGGGUACGGGAGGUACUAUCACCGGGUUGGCGCGCGGGCUCAAGAAGCACAAUCCAGCCGUCAAGGUCAUUGCGGCCGAUCCUCAUGGCUCGAUCCUGGCUCUGCCUGCGACGCUGAACGAUGAGCUCGCCAACCAGCCGUAUAAAGUCGAGGGCAUCGGUUACGACUUCAUCCCGGAUGUUCUGGACCAGCAAAUCGUGGACAAAUGGUACAAGACCGCCGAUAAGGAGUCGUUCCAGUACGCUAGGCGCUUAAUUGCCGAAGAGGGUCUUCUGGUCGGUGGAAGCAGCGGUAGCGCCAUUGCAGCCCUUGUCAAGGCCGCGCAGGACAACACUUUCACCAAGGACGAUGUCGUUGUCGUCAUCCUACCAGACAGUAUCAGAAGCUAUCUGACCAAAUUUGCCGAUGAUGACUGGCUUGCAGCCAACGACCUCCUCCCCGUCCCUCAAAUCACUCCCCUCUCCCCCAAGCUCCAGCCACAAGACGCCUUCGGAGGGGCCAAGGUCAAGUCCCUGCGCCUGAAACCUGUCACAACCGUCCAGUCCGACCUGCCCUGCGACGCAGCCAUCGAGGUCAUGCGGGACAAGGGCUUCGACCAGCUGCCCGUCCUGGCACCCUCGGGCCGCCGCCUCGUCGGCCUGAUUACCCUGGGCAACGUCCUGAGUCGGAUGACGCACGGGCGCGCGACGGGCAAGAGUCCCGUCUCGGAGGUCAUGUUUGAUUUCUCUAAGAUCUCCGAGGUGGUCACGGACCCGCGCGACCUGCCCAUGCAGACCAUGACGGACUCCCAUCUCUCUGGCACAAAGCAGGGCAAGGGCCGCAAGUUCACCGAGAUCACCAUGGAGACGCCGCUCAGCGUGCUCAACCGCUUCUUCGAGUGGAACAGUGCCGCCGUUGUCACACAGCGCGACGAGAACAACGUCAUUAAGCCCGUCGCGGUCGUCACCAAGGUAGACCUGCUCACUUGGAUGCUCCACCACGCGCAAUCCUAG